AUGACCGACCCAACAACGUCGCCAGAGGACCACUGGAAACAGACAGACGGUGCUUUCAGCGACAGCGGCUUUGACCCCAGUUUCUUUGCUGAAACAGCCAGAAAGGGUACCGUUGUGUCCAGGGCUAACAGCAUCGGCUCAACAAGUGCCUCUUCAGUACCAAAUACAGAUGAUGAAGACAGUGACUACAGGCACGAGACGUCAUAUAAGGACUCGUAUAAAGAUCGGCGGAGACAAGCGCACACACAGGCUGAGCAGAAGCGUAGGGAUGCUAUCAAGAAAGGCUACGAUGACCUCCAGUCAAUAGUACCGACCUGCCAGCAGCAGUCUGAAUUUGCAGUGGGAGCACAGAAGAUCAGCAAGGCUACUAUACUGCAGAAAACAAUCGACUACAUUCAUUUUCUUCAUAAAGAAAAGAAGAAGCAAGAGGAGGAAGUUUCCGUACUAAGGAAAGAAGUGAUGGCCCUGAAGAUCAUGAAAACGAACUAUGAGCACAUAGUGAAGGCCCACCAGAACAACCCACAGCAGGGAGAGGAUCAGGUGUCUGACCAGGUCAAGUUCAACAUCUUUCAGAGCAUCAUGGACACCCUGUUCCAGUCUUUCAGCAAUUCUGUUUCAGUGAGCAGCUUCCAAGAACUGUCAGCCUGUGUUUUCAGUUGGAUUGAAGAGCACUGCAAGCCCCAGACGCUGAGGGAGUUUGUUGUCGGGGUGCUCCGGCAGCUCAAUGGUCAGCUUUAUUGAUCUACUUAAACCUCUGGAGUGAAUUUCCAGAAAUUGACUUUGGGCUUGCUCUGGCCUCUCAGGGUGGAGUAAAAACUUCAAAUCAGCCUCAGGCCACACCGCAGUAUUUACACUCUCUUCAGCGCAUCAGUGACAGACUCUCUGGCUGCAAUUGGAUUACCUCAACCCACACCAUGGCAGAGAUGAAAAGUUUCAUUGGUUUGAGUAGUAAUAUGUUUAAGAUCACGUUUUCAUUGUAUAAUGGUACAUAAAUACAGCAUCUGCUGACUCUUCAUAUUUCUUACUUUUAUUCUGCAAAGAAAUGCAGAGGAAACCGUUUCCUAAUUAAUGUACAGUUGUGGUCAAAAGUUUAAAUACACUUGUAAAGAACAUAAUCAUGGCCGUUUUGAGUUUCCAAUAAUUUCUACAACUUUUAUUUUUCUGUGAUAGAGUGAUUGGAACACAUACUUCUUUGUCACAAAAAACAUUCAUGAAGUUUGGUUCUUUUAUGAAUUUAUUAUGGGUCUACUGAAAAUGUGACCAAGUCUGCUUGGUCAAAAAUAUACAUACAGCAACAUGAAUUAUCAAUUUUGGUUAUGUAGAAAGUUGUGUCAAUGUAUUAGCUUCAUGGCAUGGCCUCUUAACUUCUGAUUAUGAUGGAAUACAACUGGUGACUUCUCUGAGCCCAUUUAAAUAGGGCUAAUUUGAUACAAUCAUUAGACUUGGCCACAGACGCUACAAUGGGAAAGUCAAAGGAGCUCAGCACGGAUCUGAAAAAGCGAAUCAUUGACUUGAGCAAGUCAGGAAAGUCACUUGGAGCCAUUUCAAAGCAGCUACAGGUCCCAAGAGCAACUGUGCAAACAAUUGUUUGUAAGUAUAAAGUGCAUGGCACAGUUGUGUCACUGCCACGAUCAGGAAGAAAACGCAAGUGAUCCCCUGCUUCUGAGAGAAAAUUGGUCAGGAUGGUCAAGAGUCAACUGAGAACCACCAAAAAGCAGGUCUGCAAUGCAAGCUGCUGGAACACAGGUGUCAAUGUCCACAGUCAAGCGUGUUUUACAUCGCCAUGGACUGAGAGGCUGCCGUGCAAAUAGGAAGCCCUUGCUCCAGAAGCGGCACCUUAAGCCUUGACUGAAGUUUGCUUCUGAUCACAUGGACAAAGAUAAGACCUUCUGGAGGAAAGUUCUGUGGUCAGAUGAAACAAAAAUUGAGCUGUUUGGCCACAAUGCCCAGUAAUAUGUUUGGAGGAGAAAAGGUGAGGCCUUUAACCCCAAGAACACCAUGCCUACCGUCAAGCAUGGUGGUGGUAGUGUUAUGCUCUGGGCCUGUUUUGCUGCCAAUGGAACUGGUGCUUUACAGAGUAAAUGGGAUAAUGAAGAAGGGAGGAUUACCUCCAAAUUUUGCAGGAUAACUUAAAAUCAUCAGCCCGAAGGUUGGGUCUUGGGCGCAGUUGGGUGUUCCAACAGGACAAUGACCCCAAACACACAUCAAAAGUGGUAAUAUAAUGGCUAAAUCAGGCUAGAAUUAAGGUUUUACAAUGGCCUUCCCAAAGUCCUGACUUAAACCGCAUCGAGAACAUGUGGACAAUGCUGAAGAAACAAGUCCAUGUCAGAAAGCCAAAACAUUUAGCUGAACUGCACCGAUUCUGUUAAGAGGAGUGGUCAAAGAUUCAACCAGAAGCUUGUGGAUGGCUACCAAAAGGGCCUAAUUGAAGUGAAAAUGGCCAAGGGAAAUGUAACCAAAUAUUAGCAUUGCUGUAUGUAUAUUUUUGACCCAGCAGAUUUGGUCACAUUUUCAGUAGACCCAUAUUAAAUUCAUAAAAGAACCAAACUUCAUGAAUGUUUUUUGUGACAAAGACUAUCACAGAAAAAUAAGAGUUGUAGAAAUUAUUGGAAACUCAAGACGGCCAUGACAUUAUGUUCUUUACAAGUGUAUGUCAACUUUUGAAUACAACUGUACAUUUAAAUGUUAAAGGCAUCAGGAAGACAUCAGCUAGUGUAGUAUGAAUCUUGUGCUUAUGGUCUUCAGAAACAGGAUUCCCCCCUGCUUUGAAAAAAAUUGACAAAUCAACACCAGUGUGGUUUCAUAAGCAAGAUUGUCACGUAUGGAGUUUGAUAUAACAGCUGCUGUAAAAUGUCUACCUAACAGACGGAAAUAGCGAGAAGAGUAAUGAGGAAACUGGUGAGUCCACACCUUCCUCUCUGUCACGUCAAGAACAUUACGACCUAAUGCUGAACCGAUGCUUCAGUGCACAAACACUGAGUCGGCCAUAUUACUCCUGAACUGUUCUUAGCUACUGCUUUUUAUCACUGUGGCUGGAUUACAACACAAUUCUUUUACCCUUGGUGUGAAAUUGGUCUCACUGAGUGACAUGUUAGCAUGAGACAGGUGAGCCAUUUAGGCAGCAUAAAGGUUUAAAAUGUACAGUUGUGUGCAAAGAUUUGGGCCCCCUUGACAAAUAACAUUUUGAUAUAAACAGUCUCAUUGAAAAGAUAUAAACAGUCUAAUUAGGACAUGGAACAUAAGAUACUACUCUCAGCAAAAAUUAAUGCAUACUUUUUCUGUCAAAUUGAUCAAAAAUAAAAAAACAUAAUUGUGGCCAUGUGCAAAAGGUGGGCACUCUAAAAGUGGCAGUCUUAGAUUCUUCUUACAAGGUCCCAGACCUUCAUCAGCUCUUUAGGCCUGAGGCACGUCAACAGUUAUCAUUAUGAAAUAUUAACUGGUGUCAGUUUCAAAAUUUUACAAAUUCUCUGACUCAUCAAACCUUGUCCAAACAUGUUCCUCUGAGCAGUUGUGAAUAACUAAAUUAAAGUUAUUGAUGCCCACAAUGUAGGCUAAAAGAAGAUAGCAGCGUGUUGUCAGAUCGUAGUCUCCAUAGUAAUUAAGAGAUAGCAGUUUAGUGGAACUCUGGAGGUCAAGAUGCCAAAUGGAAGACCAAGAAAACUCUCAGAACUCUUUGUAUGCUGCUCAAAAAAAAGUCUGAAACUGAAAAAAGGACUGCUUCUACAACAGGAUCAUCUCUGGAAUGACCCUCACAGUCCUCUGACAUGAGCAUAAUUGAACAUCUGUGGGUUGAUCUGCAUGCAAGACGGCCCACGAAUACUGCAUAAUUAGUCAACUUUUGCUAAAAGGAAUGGGAGAAAAUCCCAAAUACUAGACCUGAAAGACUUUUAGCUGGCUACAAAAAGUGUUUGCAAACUGUGAUAUCUGCCAGAGGGGGUGUUACCAAAGACUGACUAUGUAGGGUGCCCAAACUUUUGACAUAAUUAAGUACUAUGAAGUAAUGCUGGCUAUGAAUUAAUGUUCCAUAUCCUACAGAGGCUGUAUUUACAUCUUUUAAAUUAAAAAAUUACCAAAAUAUGUUAAUUUGUGAAGCUGUGCCCAAAAUGUUUUUUUUAGGGUAUGAUGUUAAAUUCAAAGUGUUGAUUUUUAACCUUUCAUAUUGCA